CCCACCCGAUCGUAUCUCUCUCGCGUCGGCGUCGCGCUCCAUCCAUUCCAGAGGCCUCUCUCUCUCUCUCCGCCUCCGCGACGGGCCUGCGGUGCCGUCGCCUCCCCGGCCAUCACCGGACGCACCCGACAAAACUAUGAGGUACAGCCCCCCGUAUCGUAGCCCACCAAGGAGGGGAUAUGGUGGCAGAGGAAGAAGCCCCCCACCUAGGAGGGGAUAUGGAGGACGGAAGGAGCAAGGUUCUGGAAGUCUUUUGGUCCGCAACAUCCCAUUAAGCGUCAGAGCGGAGGAUCUUCGAGUUCCUUUUGAAAGGUUUGGUCCUGUCCGGGAUGUUUACAUUCCAAAGGACUAUUACAGUGGGGAGCCUCGAGGGUUUGCGUUCGUGGAGUUUGUUGACCCUUAUGAUGCCUCUGAGGCCCAAUAUCACAUGAACCGCCAGGUAUUUUCUGGUCGGGAGAUAACUGUUGUUCUUGCUGCAGAGUCAAGAAAAAGACCAGAGGAAAUGCGCAGUAGAACUAGAGUCAGGGGGUACUCUGGUCAUGAAGGGCGUCGCUCUUCUAAUUAUGGACGGUCUCGUUCCCAUUCCCGCUCUCCUCGCUAUCGGGGCCGUCCUCGUUCAAGGUCAUACUCUCCUGCUCCAAGACGGCGAGAUGACUACUCCGCUUCCCCAAGGAGAAAGGAAGCACAUCGUGCAUCUCCUAGGCGUCUGCCAAAAGAGCAUGAUGAAGAUAAGAAGCACAGAUCCUAUUCACCUGCCAGUAGAGAUGAUAAUGGUCAUGAGAAGAUGUCACCCCGGCCUGACAGGGAUGGAUCCCCUCACCACCGGAGGUCUCCCAGGGAGUACUCAGGUUCACCUCCAGGAUCCCGCUCAAGGUCUGCUGACGAGUCUCCUGCCCGCAGCAACUGACCGAUGCAUGCUAUGCUCAUGGCUGCGUCUCUCCAGCACUUCCACUUAGUUUGUGUCUACCUACUGCCAUAUUUGCCGGACCGAACUUGAUUUAACCCUUUGGGGUAUUGUAUUGCUAGUAUCUGUCGCGCUUAGUAGCGCUGUACUGCUAGUGUCUCUGCUUGUUAGCGGGCAUGACUUGUCACCUAUGUAUGCUUGGUGUGGAGGCUUGUAGUCCUGUUGUUAAACCUUAAAUUUGUAGCAUACUGUUUAUGUAUUUGGCCACAGCCCGUUUUCUGACA